AUGUCGGACCAGAAAGCAGACACGGUUUUGACCCAUUGGAAAUGCCUCAUGGCUUGCACAUUGGUGUCUAUGUGUCCAUUCCAAUAUGGCCUUGAUUUUGGCAUCAUUGGCGGCUUGCAGGCCAUGCCGGGUUUCUUACAGGUCUUCGGAGUGAAAGACGCGAAAUCGAGCAUGGGAUACAAUAUCCCUCACGACCGCCAGCAGUUGAUCUCAUCUCUGAUGAUUCUUGGUGCUUUCAUUAGCUCUUCAUUCGGAGGUCCCCUCGCCGGAUUUAUUGGACGAAAAGCAUCGAUAUGGGUUGCAUGUGCCCUAUGUGUCGUCUCAAAUGUGAUCAUGAUGACAACGACGCAAAUUGGAGCACUAUAUGCUGGAAGAUUGAUUAUUGGCCUCGCCAAUGGACUCCUUAUGACAUUUGCACAGCUGUAUAUCCAGGAAUGUUCACCCGCGAGAUAUCGUGGACUUAUGAUUGGAGCUUUUCAAACAUGGACAUCGCUAGGAAGUCUCAUCGGGACAAUUAUUGAUAAUUUCACUGUGAAAAUCGGCGGGAAACAGUCGUACAUUGUUUCCCUAGGCAUGGUAUAUAUCGUACCUGGGAUCAUCGCCCUUGGGUUGCUAUUCAUCCCCGAAUCUCCUCGAUGGCUAUUGCAGCAUAACCAGGAAGAAAAGGCCCGCAAAGCAUUGAAGUGGUUGAGACCCCAUGCGGAACUUGUCGAUGGCGAGCUCGCUGAUAUCAAGGCGGUGAUCGACGCCGAGAUAAACCUUUCUCAAAGCACCGAGAUCGUAGAAAUUUGGCGAAACCCGGUCGACCGUCGGCGUACGCUGUUAUCGAUUGGUGCUGUAUGCUUGCAAGCCGCAUCGGGAGCAAUGUACAUUAUCUCUUACGGGACCUAUUUCUUUGAAAUGGCUCACAUUGGCUCGCCCUUCGAAAACACCUGUAUAUUGACAGGCGUUGGCGUUGUUGCCAUCGUCAUAAACAGCAUCAUUAUCACGAAAUACGGUCGUCGCCGCGUCUUCUUGUUCUGGGGUUUGGUAAUUUGUGGCUUCUGUCAGUUGAUCAUGGCAGCUGUGUACACUACCAAUCCGAGAGGCAAAUCAACUGGAAAGAUUGUCGUAGCCUUUUCCGUCCUCUAUAUCGUUGGGUAUAAUGGCAUGAUUGCUACUUAUGCCUGGCUCUGUGGCGGCGAAUUCCCUUCUCAACGACUCCGAUCCUACACUUUUGGAUUCGCUUCCUCGAUCGGGUUUCUGGGCGCGUGGUUGGCUACUUUCACGGCGCCAUAUUUCAUCAACCCCGAUUCUUUGGACUGGGGACCGAAAUACGGAUUUAUCUGGACACCAAGUUGUCUCAUCGGUGCUGCCUGGGUUUGGUUUUACCUUCCCGAAGUCAAGAAUCGAACAUUUGAGGAGAUUGACGAGAUGUUCGAAGCUCGCCUUCCUGCACGCAAAUUCCGCGGAUACAAGUGUGUGGGCCCCGCCGCCAUGGCAGCCAUGGGCGAGAAAGCCGCCGAGAAGAACGAAAGGCCCAUUGUCACCGAAUCGGAGGUUAUCGAAAAACAGUAA